AGAAAUAGCUCGUACUCCAUAAACCGAACGGCUGGACGGCAGGAAAUGCAUUGCAUACGAAAGCGAGGCUAAUCCCCUGGCUUUUCUUUAUCUUGUGGUCUCUUGCUCCUUGCCUGGCCCCUUUUUAAAGACUGGUUUCUGCUUUGAGGCUCAAAGCAGAGAGAGAAAGAGAGGGAGAGAGAGAGUGGGAUGAAAAACUGAUUCUAUUGCUUGCCUGCGAGAAAUCAGGAGUAAUAAGCUUGGUGAUGAGGAUCCAUUUGCUGAUCUCCCUCGCCGAGCGGAUAUUCGGUGCAGCUCUCGCUCAUCGCUCCCAAUCUAAUUCUUGCUACGUCUUCGAUUAUUGACCACUCAUCUCCAUUUCUAUUUGCAAGUCGACUGCCUGGCCUCUUAAGACCUUUAACACAGCCUCACUCAACCUCUCGACUAAUCGACGCGCUCUCUGCCUCCCAUGGCGCCAAUCCACAGCGACACAGCCUCAAUAGAGGAACUACGGCGCGCUCCGUCAGAACCUACUGCUGCGGCUGCAGGAGAGCGACCAACCCAGACAGCGCCUAUUGGCACUGGCGGCGAUGGUAAUGCCGUUUGUGCCGACGAUGCUUCUGGUACUACUAAGAAUGGUGGUGAUCCGGAUGGAGUGCAGCAACAGCUUCCCCAGGACGAUGAACAGCGGCAGCAUCCAGAAAUACAGCAGCAGCAGCAGCAGCAGAGUUAUCAUCGCGAGGGAGUUUCCACGCCCGUGUUAAACGAAAAGUGCGACGCCUCCAUUGCAACACCCAAGACAGCCGUCUUGCCGCGUGCCACCACAUUCGGAUCUACAUUCACCACAUUAACCACCUCAUCUUCCACCUUUGGCCUCCUUUCGCCUGUUCCUGCAUGCGACAUUCCUGAAUCGACGCCACCAGAUCGCGUCACCCUAGUUAAGGCCGAGAAGGGAGAUGGCUAUGUGCCCCAGAGCAACAAGUUGAAGAACGAUCUUUACCCUGCCGUUGGUUACCUGGAACUAGCUAAUGCAGGCGACUUCGCUGCCAAUGUGUGGAACUCAUACCCAGUCCCGGUCUAUGCAACCGUCUUUAUGGCGGUUGGAGCAACAUUUGCUGGCAUCAUGUCUGUCUUUGCGCUUCUGGACUCGCGGCGUGCCUGGCGAAAUGUGAAGUUUCUCCGCAAGCAGCGAUGCGAGUUGAAGGAGACGCGAGCUCGCAGAGCGGCAAAAUCACAGCCCACAAGAGAUUUAGAUGUCCUUUUGUCUGUCAUCUUUCGCGAACUUGGUACAGAGGGUGUCAACCGCUGGAUGCUCAACAUGUUUAUGGGCGUCGGUGCUGUGCUCAUCUGUGUAGGCACGUAUCUUGCCAUUGCUGGAGCCAACCCAGGCAUCUUCUUAGCCAGUAACCUCCUCUCUGGAUACAUCGGUAAUGCGCCCAUCGCCAUCUUUGGCGCCAUCAACUCUUGCUGGGCAUUCUACAUCUUCUGUAAGGCUCAGGGGCAUAUCAACGCAGCUGCUAGGGCCAUUCCCGGCACCCAAUCCCUGGCUCUCAUAAAGAGGCGCAGCAGGAACGUGCAGAUUUACGCUUCCAUCAAUGGCACUGCCACGACUUUAGGAGGAGUCGGCUCCAUGAUCACCGCAACACGGUGGUGGGGCUACGUCAUAUUAAUACCUGUCAUCUUGGCCUCGGUGUUCUGCAAUCACUGGUGGCGUACCAGGGCUGGUUAUUCACGCAGAGAUUUGGUUCCCUUUGGAUUGUCGAUAAUGAGCGUCGAUGAACUGUCUACAGCCUUGGAGUUUGCUGCCAGAGCACAGGUUAAGAUCAAAGAGCAGAAGAAGACACCGAUCAACCCAUUUGUUUCGGACCCGUCGUCUCUGCGGUCUAUACUUACAUUUAUCCAAGAACAGGAAUUGCUCGAACCCUUUUGCAUGCGACUUGUUGAAGAUGCAGGCUUACGGACGACUAUCGGUUAUCCCAAUAAUCCCGCAGCAAUUGAAAUCCAAGCCGCUUCUCUACUGAAUCUCCCCAAAGAGUGUCACCCGGCAAUUAUCCAGGUUGCUCAGGACACGGUUCGAAAGACCGGGCCGAAACACUUCCAAUAUCGAGAGCGAUAUGCGGCUGAACUGCUUGGUACAUACCUUGCCAUUUCGUGGCAAGAAGCGAAACGAAGAGAGAGGACCGGAUCUCAAUCUGAGAAACCUAGACGGUGAUGGAAAAUAUAACAUGGAACGGAUAUAUUUGUUUUGGGCUUAGAAAUAUCAUGCAUUGAAAGCGAGCGAGCGAUUCGCCAACAUUACUUUAUUUUUAAUCUUUGUUCUACUUUUCUUUCGAAACGCAUAUUUCGGCGUAGGUACAGGGACUUCUUUGGAGCAUUAGACAAUGGUGCCAGGCUUAGGUAGCAUUUGAAUACUAGAAAACAAUACGCAACUACCUGAGAGAGUUAUGCAUCGACGGAUUCAUUCUGGCACAUCUUAUUCCGUGGUAACUUGGAGCUUUCAAGGCCAUGUUGUGACUGUAGCUCUUCAUUAUUAAUCUGAGGCAACCAUACACAAGGGAGCCGUUCAUAUGAGCAAGAUAUUUG